AGAAAUCGUCGUUGCAUAACUUUUGAAGUUUUCUCGAAACAAAAGAUAGUUGUUUUUAUUUGAAAGAUCAUACAAGACACGUGUCGUGAACCCAAAUCGUAAGAACGCCACGCGAUACUCUUUGCAUGCGCCUCGUUUGAACAUCAAGAUUCUCUCCUCUUUCUCUGACUUCAAUCACUGAAUCUAUAAGUUUGUGAUCUCUCUAUUUAACCGAUCAUCAACUCAGUUUCCUCUACUACCAAUAUCCAUACACAUCAAUACAACAAGAUUCACAUAUCAAGAAAAAUGCCAGGGAUCACACUAGGAGACACGGUGCCGAAUCUUGAGGUCGAGACAACACUUGACAACUUCAAGCUUCAUGACUACUUCGCCAAUUCUUGGACCGUCCUCUUCUCUCAUCCCGGGGAUUUCACACCCGUAUGCACGACGGAGCUAGGUGCGAUGGGCAAAUACGCUCAUGAGUUCGAGCAGAGAGGUGUGAAGCUCCUUGGUUUGUCUUGUGACGACAUACAGUCACACAAAGACUGGACCAAAGACAUCGAAGCCUUUACGCCUGGGAGCAAGGUGAAGUACCCGAUAAUUGCUGACCCGAACAAAGAGAUCAUUCCUCAGCUUAACAUGGUUGAUCCACUUGAGAACGGUCCCUCUCGUGCUCUUCAUAUCGUUGGUCCCGAUAGUAAGAUAAAGUUGAGUUUCUUGUAUCCCUCGACCACGGGACGUAACAUGGACGAAGUGUUGAGGGCUUUAGACUCGUUGUUAUUGGCGUCCAAGCACAAGAACAAGAUCGCCACUCCGGUUAAUUGGAGACGGGACGAACCGGUUGUGAUUUCUCCUGCAGUGUCGGACGAAGAGGCUAAGAAGAUCUUUCCUCAGGGUUUCAAGACCGCCGAUCUCCCGUCCAAGAAAGGCUAUAUGCGUCUCGCUGAUAUCAAGUGAAAGACAAAAAAGAAAUAAAAAUGAUGUUAUAUGAGUAUUGUAUAAUAACGUUUAUAACGUGUUGAAUCACGUUUUUAUAAUGUAUGGUGUGUUGUACUCACGAGGGUGUGGCCUUAUAUUAAUAAGAAUACCGUAUGCUUCGUAAUGCGGUCUACUACGACAUUUUACCAAACGAAUCGGGAUGGAAUCGAGCGUUAAUUUUCUAAAAACUAAG